AUGAAAGAACGCAACACAAAUGGACACACCAAUGGGACCUCAGAGAACAAGCUAUCGCGGCCCUCAACUAACGGAGUUUUCAAGAACAAGCCAAAAUGGAGAUUCGACACCAUCCAGAUCCAUGCAGGGCUGGAAGAAGACCCAAAGUAUGGCCACUGCACGCUGCCCAUCUAUAACACCGCCUCAUUCAAAUUCGGCUCUUCAGCUGCUCUUAACGUAGCAUUGAGUGACAUAUCGAGCUCUCAAAACCAUUUGUACACCCGUGUGUCUAACCCAACUCACGAUGGACUUGAGAAGCGCAUUGCCGCCCUCGAGGACGGUCGAGAUGCCCUCACUUUCUCAUCGGGCAGUGCGGCAGUCUUGGGCGUCAUCGCGUCGCUAGCGGGAAUGGGAGAUAAUGUCAUCGUGUCUACGAGCAUUCAUAGCGGAACGUACCGCCAGUUCCGCAAGGCUCAGGCCCAGCUUGGUAUCGAAUCACGGUUGUGUGAUGUAAACGAUCUGGAGCACGUCAAAUCUCUUAUUGACGACAAGACCAAAUUCAUCUUCACCGAGUCUCUCGGAAACCCCAUGUUCUCCGUCCCCGACUUUGAAGCUCUCGCCGCAAUCGCACAUUCAGAACAUGUCAAGAUCCCCCUCGUGGUUGAUGCAACACUCACCGCAGCUGGUUACUUCUGUCAGCCUGCUAAAUGGGGCGCCGAUAUCCUCAUCCACUCCGCGACCAAGUGGAUAGGAGGCCACGGCACUACCCUCGGCGGUCUUGUUAUUGAGACUGGGCGUUCAGAUUGGCAGACUAAUAAGAUUCGCUUCCCAGGUCUCUAUGGAGAGCUUCCGGGACUGAAGGGUGAGCAGGAUGAUUGGUAUGCGGCUGCGGGUGACAGGGCGUAUAUGCAGUAUCUCAAGACUGAGUAUAUGCGUGAUACGGGGCCAUGCCUUGGUCCAUUUGCAGCCCAGCAGCUAUUCAUCGGGGUAGAAACACUCUCAGUUCGCUGCGAGCGUCAGUCCAAGAACGCCGAGACCUUGGCCCUCUGGCUCCAGGACCAUCCCCGAGUUGGCUGGGUGCGCUAUCUAGGCUUCCGAGAUCACCCUCAUCACCAACUUGCCCUCAAGUAUUUCCAGCGGGGCUUCGGCACGGUCAUCACGUUCGGGCUCAAAGGCGGCGCGGCGGAGGCUAUCUCCCUGAUCGACUCCUUUGAGAUGAUCAUCAACACAACGAAUGUGGGCGACUCCAAGACGCUGGUUGGGCACCACUGGUCAACUACGCAUAAGCACUUCACCAAGCAGGAGAAUCUGUCUAUGGGUGUGGAUGAGGACCUUGUGAGGUUGUCGCUUGGGAUAGAGGAUGCGAGGGAUAUAAUUGCGGACUUUGAGCAGGCUUUUGAAAGGACUGAAGACAAGCUAUAG